GAUCAAUCUUUCUUUCAAAUCAAAACAUGGAAUUUCUCCAACAGCUUCUAGUUCAAGUGAUGAUAGUUCUUAUCUUCAUUCUUUUAGGGUUCAUCCAUUUCCGGUGGUUUUCAAAAUUCAUGAACAACAACAAAAGAAAAGCACCACCUCAACCCGCCGGUGCUUGGCCAAUCAUAGGUCACAUCCCUCUUCUUCUCGGCGGAAAGAACUUAACCCACAGAAUCUUAAGCAAAAUGGCCGACAAUUUUGGUUCUGUCUUUUCUCUCCGUAUGGGUUUUCACGAAACCGUCGUUAUUAACAAUUGUGAAGUCGCUAAAGAAUGUUUCACAACCAAUGACAAAACCCUCUCCACUCGCCCCAAGAGUUUGGCUUUCAAACUACUGACCUACGAUCAGACCGUGAUUGCAUUCGCUCCUUAUGGACCCAAUUGGCGAGCCAUGCGUAAGUUUGUCGUGCUUAACCUCCUCACUGCCCAUCGGUUACAUAUGUUGAGACAUGUUCGAUUCUCUGAGAUUGAUUUCUUCAUCAAGAGUCUAUACCAACAAUGGGAUCAUGGAAAUGGAUCAGGCAGUGGGAAGAUUUUAGUUGAAUUCAAGGAGAUGUUUCAAGACAUGUCUUCGAAUAUAAUUACGAGAAUUAUCGCGGGGAAACGCUACGCAGGAACCAAUAGUGAGGAGUCGAAACAAUGUCAAAAUGCUAUAACUAAGAUCUUUAAUUUGCUCGGGUUAUUCUUAGUUUCGGAUGCCAUCCCUUCCCUCGGUUGGAUUGAUAUACUUAAUGGAAAUUGUGCUAAAAUGAAGAGAGCUGCUAAAGAGAUUGACGAUAUUCUCGUGAGAUGGCUAAGGGAGCAUCGAGAGAAGAGGCUUUCAGGGUGUAUUAAAGACGAGGAUAAUGACUUGAUUCAUCUUAUGUUGUCUGACUUGCAAGAUGGCGAUCUUGCUACCGUAGACAUUGACACUGACACUGUCCUUAAAUCCACUUGUUUGGCCAUGAUUCUAGGUGGAAAUGAUACGAUAUCAGUUAGUAUGACAUGGGUAUUGUGUUUCAUUUUGAACAACAGAGACGUGUUGUGCAAAGCACGAGAAGAGCUGGACACCCAUGUGGGAAGGCAUCGUUUAGUAGAAGAAUCAGAUAUAAAGAACCUUGUCUAUCUACAAGCUAUUUUUAAGGAAAGCAUACGACUACAGCCGACAUUCCCUUUGUUGCUAAUGCGCGAAGCAAUGGAAGACUGCAACCUAGGAGGUUUUGAGAUUCCGGCUGGAACACAUCUGCUUGUUAAUAUUUGGAAGAUACAUCGCGACCCAAGUGUUUGGUCAGAACCACUGGAAUUCAAGCCGGAGAGAUUUCUAACGCAAGAGAAAAAUAUUGAAUUGGGAGGGAAGAAUUUCGAACUAUUACCAUUUGGAAGUGGGAGAAGGAUGUGCCCUGGAAUAACCUUCUCACAACAAGUAAUGCACUUGGGCAUGGCUAGACUACUUCAGGGGUUUGAAUUGGACACCAUUGAUGGAUUGCCGGUUGACAUGACUGAAAGUCCAGGUUUUAGCGUUCCGAAAGCUACCCCCUUGAAGGUCUUGAUUAGCCCUCGCCUAUCGCCAGAUCUCUAUAUGUAAGAUUGGGAAAACUUAAUUGUAGUACAAUGUCAAUUAUGCUCUGUUCUUGUAAUAAAACAAUGCAUUUGCAUAUUAAGUAAUUUAAGAAUGAAGGGAUUAUCAAACUGUUUUGAAAC